GCGUCCUGCAGCUGCGACGGGGACGGCGGAGUCGACUGUUCCGGGAGGGGGCUGACCGCCGUGCCCGAGGGACUCAGCGCCUUCACCCACGCCCUGGAUAUCAGUAUGAAUAACAUCACAAAGCUACCAGAAGAUGCAUUUAAGAACUUUCCGUAUCUUGAAGAGCUGCGAUUGGCUGGCAAUGACCUUUCUUUUAUCCAUCCGAAGGCCUUGUCUGGGUUGAAAGAACUCAAAGUGCUAACUCUACAGAACAAUCAGCUGAAGACUGUACCUAAUGAGGCCAUUAGAGGAUUAAGUGGUUUACAAUCCUUGCGUUUAGAUGCUAAUCAUAUUACUGCAGUCCCAGAAGACAGUUUUGAGGGUCUUGUCCAGCUACGUCAUCUGUGGCUGGAUGACAACAGUUUGACAGAAGUCCCCAUUCAUCCACUCAGCAACCUUCCUUCUCUGCAAGCCUUAACUCUGGCUCUCAACAAAAUAACACACAUUCCUGACUUUGCAUUUACAAAUCUUUCAAGUCUCGUUGUUCUGCAUCUUCAUAACAAUAAAAUAAAAACAAUAGGAAAAAAUUGUUUUGAUGGAUUAGACAACUUAGAAACAUUGGAUUUAAAUUAUAACAACAUGGUAGAAUUCCCUGAAGCCAUUAGAGCACUUCCAAGCCUAAAGGAACUGGGAUUUCACAGUAAUUACAUUUCUAUAAUCCCUAAUGGUGCAUUUGGGGGAAAUCCCCUUCUAAGAACUAUAUAUUUGUAUGAUAAUCCUCUCUCUUUUGUGGGGAACUCAGCAUUUCAGAAUUUAUCAGAUCUGCAUUCCUUGGUCAUUAGGGGUGCCAGCAUGGUGCAGUGGUUCCCUAAUUUGACAGGAACCAGUAAUCUGGAGAGCCUGACUCUUACAGGCACCAAAAUAAGCAGUAUUCCCAUUAACCUGUGUCAAGAACAGAAGAUGCUUCAGACUUUGGACUUGUCUUAUAAUAAUAUAAAAGAGCUUUCAAGUUUUAAGGGCUGCAGUUCUUUAGAAGAAAUUUCCUUACAACAUAAUCAAAUACAAGAAAUCAAGGAAUUCAUCUUUCAGGGAUUAACUUCCCUCCGCGUCCUUGAUCUCAGUAGAAACCUGAUCCACCAGGUUCACAAGGAGGCGUUUACUACACUUGGUGCCCUAACUAAUCUAGACCUAAGUUUCAAUGAGCUGACUUCAUUUCCAGCUGAAGGAUUGAAGGGACUAAACCAACUUAAGCUUGCAGGCAACUCUGAACUGAAAGAAGCAUUGGUAGCAAAGGACUUCAUGAAGCUCCGGUCUUUGUCUGUUCCAUAUGCCUACCAGUGCUGUGCAUUUUGGGGUUGUGACUCUUAUUUGAACUCAAACAUGGAAGAUUCCAGCCACCAAGAUCAGAGCGUGUUGACAGAUCACGAGAGAGCUACAGCAGAUGCAGAUAUUCCAAACCCUGAUGAGAAUGAAGAACUGGGUCAGACAAUUAUUCAUUGUACGCCCACAACAGGUGCUUUUAAGCCCUGUGAAUAUUUAUUGGGAAGCUGGAUGAUUCGACUUACUGUCUGGUUUAUUUUUUUGGUUGCCUUAUUCUUCAACCUGCUUGUCCUGUUAACAAUAUUUGCAUCCUGUGCUCCACUGUCUUCCUCCAAACUGUUCAUAGGCCUGAUUUCUAUCUCUAAUUUAUUUAUGGGAAUCUAUACUGGUAUAUUAACUUUCCUGGAUGCAGUCUCUUGGGGAAGAUUUGCUGAAUUUGGCAUAUGGUGGGAGACUGGCAGUGGUUGUAAAAUUGCUGGGUUUCUUGCAGUCUUUUCAUCAGAAAGUGCCAUUUUUUUCCUGAUGUUGGCAGCUGUUGAACGAAGCUUUUCUGCAAAAGAGAUAAUUAAAAAUGGGAAAAGCAGUCGCCUAAAACAAUUCCAGAUUGCUGCAGUUUUUGCUUUCCUGUGUGCUGUAGUAGCAGGAUGCUUGCCGCUUUUCCAUAAAGGAGAGUAUUCAGCUUCACCCCUCUGCCUGCCUUUCCCCACUGGAGAAACACCUUCAUUAGGGUUUACAGUAACUUUAGUGCUCCUAAACUCAUUAGCAUUUUUGCUAAUGGCUAUUAUCUACACUAAACUUUAUUGCAACUUGGAAAAAGAAGACAUCUCCGAAAACUCACAAUCCAGCAUGAUUAAGCAUGUCGCUUGGCUAAUCUUCACCAACUGCAUUUUUUUCUGUCCUGUGGCAUUUUUUUCAUUUGCACCACUGAUCACUGCAAUUUCUAUCAGCCCUGAAAUAAUGAAGUCUGUUACUCUAAUAUUUUUCCCUUUACCUGCUUGUCUGAAUCCAGUCCUAUACGUUUUUUUCAACCCAAAGUUCAAGGAAGACUGGAAAUUACUUAGACAGCAUAUCACCAAAAAGAAUGGCGCAGUGGCAAUCACUGUCAAUACUCAAGAUGGCUGUGUGACACAGGAUUUCUACUAUGACUGUGGCAUGUAUUCACAUUUGCAGGGUAACCUUACCAUGUGUGAAUGUUGUGAAUCACUACUUUUUUCCAAACCUGUACCAUGCAAACACUUAAUAAAAUCACACAGUUGUCCUACGUUGGCAGUGGUGCCUUGCCAACGGCCAGAGGGGUAUUGGUCAGACUGCGGCACGCAGUCUGCCCAUUCUGAUUAUGCAGAUGAGGACGACUCUUUUGUGUCGGACAGUUCAGACCAAGUGCAGGCCUGUGGUCGUGCGUGUUUCUAUCAAAGCAGAGGAUUCCCUUUGGUACGUUAUGCCUACAACAUACCAAGAAUUAAAGACUGAAAGGCUUAUCAGAAAGACGUACAGAAUUUCAUAGACCAUAUCUGUUCUGACCUUUUAACCAGGAAGCACUUUUGUAAUCACUAUACGGUGUCACUCGUAAACAAGGGAAGUGGGCAGUAAAUUUCUUGAGCCAUACAUUUGAAGGGGAGGGAGGAAGUUGCCAACUGUAAAUAAUUUGUAAACCAAAACUUGUAAUCCAAUAUUUUUAUUCUUUCCAAGAAAUAGUGGUUUAUUUUAUACAGUUUUUAUGUGCUAACGGUCUGUUUCCAUGUUGAACUCCAAUUGUGUAUUGCUUUUACUGUCAUAUGAGGCAAGUUCUGUCAAUCUUUCUGGUUAAGCACAAUAUAAGGGACAGCUGUUAAUAUUAAGAAAUUAUUUUUAAAUUUGAUUUUUCUAUAACUAAGAAAAUUGUUGCUGGCUUUGUAUAGUAUUUUCAGCAUUAAUCUCAGGAUGACUUACUGCAGGGCCAAAAGAAGGGACUGUGUCUCCCAUAUAGAACUGUGAGAGCAAUACAGGUAUAACAUUUUGUUUUUUAUAUUUCAGACUAAGAUUUGAUUUUAAUAAGAUACAAUUUUUUUAAAAUAAAAAAUAGUUGUCAGCCCUCAAGAUCUGCAGACUGUUUGAAAUAAGAAUAUUAACAGUUGUUGGGAGUGGUAGAACUGAUCAUGAUUUUCAGUGGAGACACACUGCUUCCUCUGGAAACCAUGGUACCAUUCUUCAAUAUUAUGUAAGAGUUGCCAUGGGCUUAGACCCGAGAUGGGCAAUAAUUUUUGAAAAGGGGCCACUUUGGGAAUUUCAGAAGUGGUCGUGGGCAGCCCUGGAAGGAUGGAGUAGAAGGGGCGGGGAUUAGGGUGGAAGGGGUGGGGCCAGGAGACUUCCAAUGUGCCCCUGCCCACAGACCCUGACUGGACAUAGGGUGGGGAGGGAGGGUAUGUUACAUUUUGCGCCCCUUCCUCCAGCCCCCCCACCAGGGACUCCAGACACCUAGAGAGAACCUCCAGCUGUUCUGAACAGCUGACCGUUCCCUCUAGGAGCAGUGUGCCCCUGGUAGUGUGAGGAGACUUCCCGGACUCCCUCUGCCCCCAGGCCAAUCGGGGUGCACUCUCCCACCCCAGCCAAGAAAGAAAGAGAGAGAGUCCAGCAGCAUCAGGACAGGCGGGGGCGGAGAAGGGACUGAAGGGAAGCUUUCCCCUUCCUGUGCCGCACCUCCCAGCCACUGGAAAGGGCCUGGGGAAGGAGGAGUAGACAUAGUCUCUGGCUCUCGUGCCCCACCCCAGGCAUACAGUUCCCUCUGGUACAUCAGGCUCUGGGGGGCAGGGGAGCUUGCGCAGUUCCCUCUGGUGCCACAUGGCCUUGGCAGGGAUAGGUGACUUCAUGUGAUCCCCCAUCCCCAGGUCUUGAUUGGCCUGGGGGCAGGGGAGGGGCAGUGCAACUGAAGGCCAGAUCAACUCGCUUGGCGCGCCAAAUCUGACCUGUGGAGGUCCCUUUGCCCACCUCUGGGCUAGACAGUGUAUAUUGUAAGUGUUGUCUGUGUGUCAUGCUUGCUUAGAGAGAAAAGCUAACGUAUUUUGCACCCCUAUUUGCUGUUUGCAACAGUGCUAAUACACACAACGUCUGUGAAUAUCUUGACACUUUACCAAAAGGGUGGCAAUGAAAAGCAGUUUUGCAGUAUAGAAACUUCUGCGUUUCUGCCAAAAAAUUUUCUCAAAGUAAAGUACGGUGUGGUGAGAUGAACCAGAUUCAUGUAAAACAAUGAAUUAAUUCCAAAUUUUUCUUAAUUAUCUAAGGCCCAACUAUCACUUAAUUACCAUCAAUUUUCCUUUAAUCUGUACUUAGUUUGAAGUUUGAUCAACAUAAAGUUAUGAAUGCAUGAUCAAAGUACUUUAUAGAAGUUUCUUGAACAGUAUGCUGGAUCAAAAGCAAGUCCACUGCCAUACCAGUUCCUCUGGAAAUGUUCUUUUUAAGAUUUAAGCUAGAUUGCUGUUUUGAAAAUUAAAUUGUACAUACUGUGCAUAUAAUGAAUUUUUAUCUUUGUAUUGUAAAUUAUUUGAUAGAAUACAUGAUGGGAAUUAUGGCUUCAAUUCAUUUUGUUAAUUAAAGCUACCUCCAAAACUAUAGUGGCUGCCAGUAAUUGUGGUUUAUAUACUUUUUUGCAUUGUAAAUAGACAUGGUUGUACAUUGUCACUGUAAUAAAACAGAAUCCUUGUAUAUCAAAA